GACAGGAAACAUUUAGUACAGCCAGGAACCCAGCAACGGGCUCUUGCUGCUGCAACUAACCCAACAGCUCACACUUCUCUGAAGACGAAGAGCUAGGCCAGCUCAGGCUAGAGAAAACACCCCCAGAUUCUUUGGGUUUUUAUUGGUUUUGGUUGAAACCAUCUUUUCUUUCCCUGAAAAUGAUGAACAGCUCGUCUUUCUGUCCAGUUUACAGAGAUCUAGAGCCAUUCACCUAUUUUUUUUAUCUGGUUUUCCUCAUUGGAAUUAUCGGAAGUUGCUUUGCAGCCUGGGCUUUUACACAGACCCCCACAAAUCACAGGUGUGUGAGCAUCUACCUGAUCAACUUGCUUACUGCCGAUUUCCUGCUCACUCUGGCGUUGCCAGUGAAAACUGUUGUGGACCUGGGCGUGGCGCCAUGGAAGCUAAGGAUAUUCCACUGCCAGGUGACAGCCUGCCUGAUCUACAUUAACAUGUACCUAUCCAUCAUCUUCCUGGCCUUUGUCAGCAUUGACCGCUACCUCCAGCUGAUCCACAGCUGCAAGAUCUACCGCAUCCAAGAACCUGGAUUCGCAAAAAUGAUCUCCACAGUUGUGUGGCUCAUGGUUCUUCUUAUAAUGGUCCCCAACAUGGCAAUCCCCAUCAAACACAUCCGGGAAAAGCCGAAUGUAGGCUGCAUGGAAUUUAAAAAUGAAUUUGGAAGAAACUGGCAUUUGCUGACCAACUUCAUAUGUGUAGCAAUAUUUCUGAAUUUCUCAGCCAUCAUUUUAAUAUCCAACUGCCUUGUGAUUCGACAACUCUACAGAAACAGAGAUAAUGAAAACUACCCAAACGUGAGACGGGCCCUCGUCAGCAUCCUCCUGGUAACGGCGGGCUACAUCGUUUGCUUCCUGCCCUACCACAUUGUGCGGAUCCCGUACACUCUCAGCCAGACGGAGGUCAUCUCUGACUGCUCCACCAGGAUCUCGCUCUUCAAAGCCAAGGAGGCCACGCUGCUACUGGCAGUGUCCAACCUGUGCUUUGACCCUAUCCUGUACUAUCAUCUCUCAAAAGCAUUCCGCUCUAAGGUCACUGAGACUUUUGCCUCACCUAAGGAGACUAAGGCCCAGAGAGAAAAAACAAGGUCUGAAAAUGAUGUAUAAAAUGUGGGGCUUUCAUGCUAUUGCCUCCUCCUUUACAGAACCUUUAAAGCUAUUUACAGUUUUGAAAGGCGGGAAAAAACGGGGGGUAGGGGUCUUGGUAAUAAAAAAUACAGACAGCAAGCAAAUGUGGACUGUCUUACACAGAAACCCAACUUCUAAAUGCAAGCCAAUCUCAUACUACUACUGCGGUUGUCAAACUACUGAGCCCAGAUAUUUCUACAAGAAAACCAAAGAGUGUUGUUCAACCAGUGUCAAUCCGUGCAGUACCCUUGAAAUCAAAAAUUGUCCAUGACACAGACUCAGGUAUUCAUUUAACUACCCAGAACUGAACUUUCCAAUGAAACAGUAAAAUAAGCUCCCUGUGAAUUUUCAGGAAGCCCCUCAGCAAAACAAUUUUAAAGGACUUCAGAUAACUUUAAAAAAGACCAAAAAAAAAAAAAAUGUAUACAGAACCACCUGUUGCCUGAUUUAUUUUUAAUUCAUUACUUAAAAAACAGUAAUCCUUCAGUCUGCUACUCCUCCAGGUUUGUUUGUUUGUUUGUUUGUUUGUUUUUUGUAGUUAUAUAUGGUUAUAUAUAUGCCUUUAUUUUGUUUAUUUUUAUGUGGUGCUAAGGAUCGAACCCAGGGUCUCAUGCAUGUUAGGCAAGCGCUCUGCCACUGAGCUACAGCCCUAGCCCCUCCUCCAGGUUUUAACAUCGAACUUUUUCUAAUAGCUAAGAGCUUUGGGGUUUGGGGUUUGGGGUUUGGGGUUGUGGAUCAGUGGUAGAGCACUUGCUUAGCAUGUGUGAGGCCCUGGGUUCAAUUCUCAGCAUCGCAUAUAAAGAAAAUAAAGUUCCAUUGACCACUAAAAUAAAUAUAUAUAAAGCUUUUAUUUAUUAAAAAAAAUUUGAAAAUUCAUGGAUAAUUUUUAAUGUGUUACAUAUGCUUAUAUUCAAUCAGUAAAUUACAAAGGCAUCCUAUUGUAAUAAUAAAUCUAGUGAUUUCAUGUUUUUAUUUUGUCAUACUAUGUAACACACAGGCCCUAUUUCAUUUUCAAAGGGAGUUAUUAGAUUAUACCAGGUAUUGAAACUAUCAUUUCCAAACCAGAAACUCAUGUGGAAGGUAUGGAAAAAUAGCUCCAGAUGGCCUUAAAACAGACACAGCAGCGCCACAGAGCAGGCCAUGUAAAGGACACGAGGGCUGGGCCAGUGGCCAGCUCAGGCCCAGGGAGAUGAGCCUGCCCCACGUGGGGCAGGCUAUUUGAAAUACAGGAGACUCCAAUGCUCAGGGUCCCGGCUCUGAUCAAAUUCUCUCCAUGGCCAGUGAUACAGGUAGGCCUCAGCACAUAGGAGUAAACAGCAGUCAGUCGGAGGAGGGUGGGAAAGUUUGGCAAGCGCACGUGAGUCUCAGCCCUCAGCAUCAUUAGUCAAACCUUGACCAACAGCUGGCAGCAGACCGCAUCGUCUGCCAUGGUUAAGAAACAGUGGCCCUGGG